AUGUUCCCACACCCAGGACUGGUCCUCCCACACCCAGGACUGGUCCCUGCUACCACACCCAGGACUGGUCCAUGCUCCCACACCCAGGACUGGUCCAUGCUCCCACACCCAGGACUGGUCCAUGCUCUCACACCCAGGACUGGUCCUCCCACACCCAGGACUGGUCCAUGCUCUCACACCCAGGACUGGUCCUCCCACACCCAGGACUGGUCUCUGCUCUCACACCCAGGACUGGUCUCUGGUCCCACACCCAGGUCUGGUCUCUACUCCCACACCCAGGACUGGUCCUCCCACACCCAAGACUGGUCUCUGCUCUCACACCCAGGACUGGUCUCUGGUCCCACACCCAGAACUGGUCCAUGCUCCCACACCCAGGACUGGUCCUCCCACACCCAGGACUGGUCCCUACUCCCACACCCAGGACUGGUCCUCCCACAACCAGGACUGGUCCAUGCUCCCACACCCAGGACUGGUCCUCCCACACCCAAGACUUGUCCCCUUCCCACACCCAAUCCCAAACCAAACCCAACAACACACAAAACACACCCACCCCACACCAAACCCCACACCCAGGACUGGUCUCUACGCUCCCACACCCAGGACUGGUCCUCCCACAACCAGGACUGGUCCAUGCUCCCACACCCAGGACUGGUCCUCCCACACCCAAGACUUGUCCUCCCACACCCAGGACUGGGUCCAUGCCCCCACACCCAGGACUGGUCUCUGCUCCCACACCCAGGACUGGUCUCUGGUCCCACACCCAGAACUUGUCCAUGCUCCCACACCCAGGACUGGUCCUCCCACACCCAGGACUGGUCUCUACUCCCACACCCAGGACUGGUCCUCCCACACCCAGGACUGGUCCAUGCUCCGACACGUUCAGGCUAA